AGGGCGGAAGUUGUGCCGGGCGGCGCAGGCCGCUACUGUGCCCGUGGGAUGAGCCGCCUGCCGCGCCGCGCGGUGCUGGCACUCAUGGGGCUGCUGUUCGCCCGGACCAUGGCCUGGACAUCCAGCGGGAAGACACACGCGGAGCUGGUCAACAACCUCUACAAAAAAGGGAUCGUUAAGUCCCAGCGAGUCUUCGAUGUGCUGUUGGCUACGGACAGAGGUCACUACAUCAAGUAUUACCCAUACAUGGAUUCUCCUCAAUCCAUUGGCUACAAGGCCACGAUCAGCGCCCCACACAUGCAUGCCCACGCCCUGGAGCUGCUCAAGGAUCGGCUGGUGGAAGGUGCCAAGGCGCUGGAUGUGGGAUCUGGAAGUGGAUACCUCACUGCAUGCUUUGCCAGGAUGACUGGCCCGACAGGGAAAGCUGUGGGAGUGGAGCACAUCAAGGAGCUGGUGCACGAGUCCAUCCGGAAUGUCCAGGAAGAUGAUCCGACGCUGCUCAGCUCCGGCCGCGUGAAGCUUGUGGUUGGAGACGGCAGGCAGGGAUACCCCGAGGAGGCUCCGUACGACGCGAUCCACGUUGGAGCGGCCGCAGCGACUGUCCCCAAGGAGCUGCUGAAUGAGCUGAAGCCGGGUGGGAGGCUGAUCCUGCCCGUUGGGCCCGAGGAAGCGAACCAGGUCCUGAUGCAAUACGACAAAACCAGCGACGGGCGCAUCGUGGAGACCCAGCUCAUGGGCGUCAUCUACGUCCCUCUGACUGACAAGGAAAAGCAGUGGCCUCGGGGUGAACUCUGACACAUGGAUGGAUAUCCCUAAAGGCACCUCAGAAAGCUCAUGAGUGGGACUUAGGCCUGUAGAUGGUCGGUAUGGUUUUGCUUUUUAACGGAAAUUUUAUCCAUGGAUAAAGGGAAGGGAAGUUCUGCUUCAGCAGAGCUCAUUCCGGAGGGAUGGAGAACAGGGAAAGGACCAGAGAAGGCUCUUGGAGGCCAUGGCAGCUUCCAGGAGGUGGAUCCGGAUAACUCCAGCUAUCCUCUCCGAUAAACUAUAGAUAACAUCAGAGAAUUCCAAAAGCAGGCAGGAAUACUUAAACCUUCACUAAAACAGUUUUAAUAUCGACUACUCUGCUUAAUGCUUGGUGAAAAGAAGUCACAAUUAGUGUCUCAGAGCAAUGAGACUGAUUUGUGUGUUUUUAAUUAUGGGAGUGUGUUCUCUUCUAGUCUUGCAUCCACUAAUUUAAUCUUGGGCAGCGACACUGAAUUUUGGGGUUAAGAAAAAA